UUGGCGGACUUUCACUUCACUUCCUGUUGGAAGACAUGGAAGCGAAGUUGCAUGAUACAGAGCAUCAGCGGGAGGAGUACAAAAUGAAGGCCGACGGGCUGGAAGUUGAGAUUGAGAUGAGGGAUAAAGCUCUGGAGGAAGCACAACGUGAAAUGGAUGACUACAGGGAUAAACUCAAAGCGGCAAAAAAAGAGAUUGAGGCCUUGCGCAGUCAACUAAAGGAAGCUAAUGUCAGCCUAAAAGCCGCCAAUGACGAAAAGAGGAUACUUGAAGGUAGGAUCAGUGAUCUCCAAGCAAUCAUAGAGCAGUUGAGGAAAGAGCUCUCAGCUAAGAGCUCUGCAGUUGUUCCUAAAUCUGGAGCUUGUUUGGAUUUGAAAUCAUUCAAUUUACCGUGCUUUCUCACUUUAGGCUGAUCUCCAAAGUUUUCGUGAGAAGGAACAAGAACAUGUCAUUGAUAAUACUUAAGUUAACAAUGCAGCAUUUCAAAUAGUGCUUUUCAGAUGUUUCCAUGAGAUGCGAAUUACAAUGACAGUAAUCUAUCGGCCUUUGAAUAAAUUCAGCAAAAAAGUAGCUUUGAAAGUCAUUAAUCGAACUAAGUUAAUACGACCUUCAAAACUGAAGGCAUCUAAGGCAUUGUUACCCGGUAGAAGUGUAGUUUUUGUGCUAUCUUUAAUAAAAUAAAGUUUCAUGUUUUUUAAUUUG